AUGACCGCAGCCGGUCCGCAGCCCGUGCGCCGCCGCCCGUCCCUCGAGUGCCGCCCGCCCGCCCGGCGCAGCAGUAAGUGUGGACGUCUGUGUAAGUGUGAGAGAAUUAUGGUGGCGUUUAAAGGAGUCUGGACUCAGCCCUUCUGGAAAGCUGUUUCGGCAGAAUUUUUGGCCAUGCUCAUUUUUGUCCUCCUCAGCCUCGGCUCCACGAUCAACUGGGGUGGAGCAGAGAAGCCCCUGCCUGUAGACAUGGUCUUAAUCUCCCUCUGCUUUGGACUCAGCAUUGCGACCAUGGUGCAGUGCUUUGGGCACAUCAGCGGAGGCCACAUCAACCCUGCUGUGACUGUGGCAAUGGUCUGCACGAGGAAGAUCAGCCUGGCCAAGUCCGUCUUCUACAUUCUCGCCCAGUGCCUGGGGGCCGUCGUGGGUGCAGGCAUCCUUUACCUUGUCACACCACCCAGCGUGGUGGGAGGCCUGGGAGUCACUGCGGUACACAGAGAUCUUUCUGCUGGGCAUGGACUCCUGGUGGAACUGAUAAUUACAUUCCAGCUGGUUUUUACUAUUUUUGCUAGCUGUGAUUCAAAACGAAGUGAUGUCACUGGUUCAGUAGCUUUAGCAAUUGGAUUUUCUGUUGCAAUUGGACAUUUAUUUGCUAUCAAUUACACCGGUGCCAGUAUGAAUCCAGCUCGAUCAUUUGGACCUGCUGUCAUUAUGGGCAGAUGGGAAAACCAAUGGGUGUACUGGGUGGGACCAAUAAUCGGAGCAGUCCUUGCUGGUGCUCUGUAUGAGUACGUCUAUUGCCCAGACGUUGAGCUCAAGCGCCGCUUCAAAGACGUCUUCAGUAAGGCUGCCCAACCUUCCAAGGGCAAGUACAUUGAGGUGGAUGACAGCAGGAGCCAUGUGGAGACCGAUGACCUGAUCCUUAAGCCUGGCAUAGUUCAUGUCAUUGAUCUUGACAGAGGUGAGGACAAGAAGGGAAAAGAUCCAUCCAGCGAGGUGUUGUCUUCUGUAUGA